UUUAAUAAUAAGCUGUAUUAAGUUUUUUUUAUAUUAUUAAAUAGAAAGUGGUCCUUACAACGAAAGGCGUCUAAGAAUUGAGGAAAUACCUCUGUGAAUAUUAUAAGGGUCAAAUGAUACAACGGGUAUGAAGGAUCCAAGUAAAAUAAUAAUCCCUGGAUGGCUCAAAUGGUUAAGUCUUUGGCUACUAACUGAAAGAUUGAUGGUUCGAAUCCACUCAUAGGUGCCUCAGAAGAAAGGCCUGGGAGUCUGCUUCUGAAAGGUCACAGCCUUGAAAACUCUAUGCCGCAUAGUUCGACUCUGCAACACAUGGGGUCACUGUGAGCUGGAAUCUCCUGGAUGGCAACUGGUAGUAAGAUAAUGCUAUCAAGUGGGAAUCCUGUAUUUGAAAAAUACUAUAGACAGGUUGAUACGGGCAAUACUGGAAGGGUGUUGGCUUCUGAUGCUGCUGCUUUCCUGAAAAAAUCAGGUCUUCCAGACUUGAUACUUGGAAAGAUUUGGGAUUUAGCUGACACAGACAGCAAAGGUAUCCUGAACAAACAAGAAUUCUUUGUUGCUUUGCAUCUGGUGGCAUGUGCCCAGAACGGAUUGGAUGUUUCGUUGAGUAGCUUGAACCUGGCUGUUCCUCCACCAAAAUUUCGUGAUACCAGUAGUCCUUUACUAAUCAGCGGAACCGCUGCAGCUGAACUCCCAUGGGCUGUGAAAUCUGAAGACAAGGCCAAAUACGACGCAAUUUUUGAUAGUUUAAGCCCGGUGAAUGGAUUUCUAUCUGGUGGUAAAGUGAAACCAGUAUUGCUCAACUCUAAGUUACCUGUGGAUAUCCUUGGAAGAGUUUGGGAGUUGAGUGAUAUUGACCAUGACGGAAUGCUUGACAGAGAUGAAUUUGCAGUUGCCAUGUUUUUGGUGUACUGUGCACUGGAGAAGGAACCUGUGCCAAUGUCCUUGCCUCCAGCCUUGGUGCCACCUUCUAAGAGAAAAACGUGGGUUGUGUCCCCUGCAGAAAAAGCUAAAUAUGAUGAAAUCUUUCUGAAAACUGAUAAAGAUAUGGAUGGAUUUGUGUCUGGAUUGGAGGUCCGUGAAAUCUUCCUCAAGACAGGUUUACCCUCUGCCUUACUAGCCCAUAUUUGGGCAUUAUGUGACACAAAGGACUGUGGGAAGCUUUCAAAGGAUCAGUUUGCCUUGGCUUUUCACUUAAUCAAUCAAAAGUUAAUAAAGGGUGUGGAUCCACCUCAGACUCUCUCUCCUGAGAUGGUCCCACCGUCAGACAGGGCCAGUUUACAAAAGAACAUCAUAGGAUCAAGUCCUGUUGCAGAUUUCUCUGCUAUUAAGGAGCUAGAUACCCUUAACAAUGAAAUAGUUGACCUACAGAGGGAAAAGAAUAAUGUGGAACAGGACCUUAAGGAGAAAGAAGAUACUAUUAGACAGAGGACAAGCGAGGUUCAGGAUCUUCAAGAUGAAGUUCAAAGAGAAAGUACUAAUCUGCAAAAGCUACAGGCCCAGAAACAGCAAGUACAGGAACUCCUUGAUGAACUGGAUGAGCAGAAAGCCCAGCUGGAGGAGCAGCUAAAGGAAGUCAGAAAGAAAUGCGCUGAGGAAGCUCAGCUGAUCUCUUCUCUGAAAGCUGAAUUAACUAGUCAAGAAUCACAGAUCUCCACUUAUGAGGAAGAACUGGCAAAAGCCAGAGAAGAGCUGAACCGCUUACAGCAAGAGACAGCAGAAUUAGAGGAGAGUGUGGAGUCAGGGAAGGCUCACCUGGCACCUCUUCAGCAGCAUCUACAAGAUUCACAACAGGAAAUCAGUUCAAUACAAAUGAAACUUACGGAAAUGAAAGAACUGGAAAACCAUAAUCAUCAGUUAAAUUGGUGCAGUAGUCCACACAGCAUUCUUGUAAAUGGUGCUACAGAUUAUUGCAGUCUCAGCACCAGCAGCAGUGAAACAGCGAACCUUAAUGAGCAGGCUGAAGGCCAGAGCAACCUAGAGUCUGAGCCUAUACACCAGGAAUCUCCAGCAAGAAAUAGUCCUGAAAUACCACCUACUGGUAUGACUGAUGAAAAGGAAGUGGUGACUGCAGCUGUUAAUGAAGAAUCUUGUCCUGAAUUUAACAGUGACAAACACUCAAAAGAGGAAGAUCCGUUUAAUGUAGAAUCAAGCUCACUGACAGAUCCAGUUGCAGAUACAAACUUGGAUUUUUUCCAGUCUGAUCCUUUUGUUGGCAGUGAUCCUUUCAAGGAUGAUCCUUUUGGGAAAAUUGAUCCAUUUGGAGGUGAUCCUUUCAAAGGUUCAGAUCCAUUUGCAUCUGACUGUUUCUUCAAGCAAUCUUCUGCUGAUCCUUUUGCCACUUCAAGUACUGACCCUUUCAGUGCAGCCAGCAGUAACAGUAAUACAUCAGUAGAAACAUUGAAGCACAAUGAUCCUUUUGCCCCUGGUGGGACCAUUGUUGUUGCAGCAAGUGAUUCAGCCACAGACCCCUUUGCUUCUAUUUUUGGAAAUGAAUCAUUUGGAGAUGGAUUUGCUGACUUCAGCACAUUGUCAAAGGUCAAUAAUGAGGAUCCAUUUAGUUCUGCCACAUCGAGCUCUGUCAGUAAUGUGGUCACUACAAAAAAUGUGUUUGAGGAAACAUCAGUCCAAAGUGAAGAUGUGCCCCCAGCAUUGCCACCAAAGAUCGGAACUCCAACAAGGCCUUGCCCACCACCACCUGGGAAAAGACCAGUCAACAAAUUGGAUUCUUCUGAUCCCUUUAAACUGAAAGAUCCAUUUCAGCCUUUCCCAGGCAAUGAUAGCCUCAAAGAAAAAGAUCCUGAUAUGUUUUGCGAUCCAUUCACUUCUACUACUACUACUACCACUACCAAUAAAGAGGCUGACCCAGGCACUUUUGCGAACUUCAGUGCUUAUCCCUCUGAAGAAGAUAUGAUUGAAUGGGCCAAGAGAGAAAGCGAGAGAGAGGAAGAGCAGAGGCUUGCCCGACUGAAUCAGCAAGAGCAAGAAGACUUAGAACUGGCUAUUGCACUCAGCAAAUCUGAGAUAUCAGAAGCAUGAAGAAUUCUCAUGUCCUUUGUCAACAAUACUCUUCUUCCUGAAUACUGAAGCUAUUUACAAUGUGUAUCAAACUACCUAUGAGCAUGGGGAUACAGAGGUUUGAGAUUCCUGUAAAUGUGACAAAAGUUUGUUUUUUGUUUUUUUUUAACUCCAUUUCAGAUUUGUCUUCCCACCCCCAUAUAAACAGUAACCCAGUCAGACGACAUCACCUCGGCCCCUGUUCUGGUGUGCAUUUACUGUGAGCUUUUGCCUGUCUGUGCUACUUUAACUUGUAAAAGCCAGAGCACCCAAGCUUCUGCCUUCUGGAAUAUAGAGAAAUAGUUUCAUCCCUGCUCUACCCUUGUUCUGUGGUGAUUCUGAUGAUAGCCAGUGGAUUCCUAAAGUUUGCAGUAUUCACCCCGAUUUGAAUGGUUGGGGGAGGGGAAGGGAAAAAGCAUCCUAUUUCUUUUAUGGUGGUGCAGAUUGGCUACUUUAAAGGGCAUGUUUGCAUUUCCUUUUAAUAAAAAUGCUGUUUAGUUUGUUUUUUAGGGACAAGGAAAACUUUUUGCAUAAAUUGACUCACCUGCUUAAAAAGAGCUGUUCUAGGUUGAAUCAUUAUAGGUUCAGAUUCAGUCUUUUCCUAAAUAAAAACAUUAAAGCCUCAUUUGUGAAAUAUGUUUUAAAAAUAAUUUCUGUGGAUUUAAAGAAUUUUACAUCAACAGACACCUUUCCAUUGUUUGCAAAUUAAUAAAAUCAGUUACUUACAAAUCAAAUUUGUAAGAAUAUGCACAUCUGAAGUGCUAGACGGUGAGAAAAAUUUGUCACCUAAAGUCUACCCAUCAAUCUAAGGUAAGCAAAAGGCUUAACACGGGAGCCAUUCUGCCUUUGCUGUGGCACUGACCUCUUUAGUUCAUAAUAGGUUUAUUUUUGUACUUUUGCAGAAGAAAUUUUAGCAAGCUAGAACUGGAAGGUACUUUAACUUUUCCUGUAUGUAUUUUUGUUUUCCUUAAUGAAGGCUCACUUACUUGACUUGAAAUGUAAAAUCUUUCACUGAAUACAAAUGGAAAAGGUGGUAUGUAUUAAAUCAUAUUGUUGCUUUUUUUCCAUUCUCAUGAUUUAAAAAUAUUUUAUUUAUUUUCUUCAUAUUCUUCACUUAUAAAAUUGGCAAGCUAGCAAAAAAAAAAAAAAAAAUUUUUUUUUUUUAAUUAGGAGAGAAGAAA